AUGGCUGGUGCUCUCGCUGAAUACACCCUUUUCUGGUCUAAGUUUGUGGAGAAUCCCAAGUCAGCCAUUCACGCCUUGGAGGAACCGUAUUGUACCAGGAGGGGCAUUCUCAUCAAUAACAGGGGAAUCCUGGUCAAUGAAGCCGAGACCCCUCAGAGGCGAUUGGAGCAACAGCAUGCGCUGCUGCAGCAGAAACAGAAGAAGAAACGCCAGGAGCCUCUGAUGGUUCAAUCUAACACUGAGGACAAGAAGCUGAAGAAGACCAGAACUAGACGCCUCAGUGAACAGGCCCCAUUUGUUGAAGCAAAGGCUGUGAACCAAAAAGAUGUCACUGAAAAGAGAAUAAGGAAGAAGAAACCGAAGGCUGAGCUGGUAGAUCUGGAACCAGGGAAAGACCCUUACGCCAAGUUCAUCAAAGACCCCAAGAAGAAGAAGGAGAAUCCUGCUUCCUAUUUCACUGUUGAAAAGGCAUCCAAAAAACAACAGCAAGAAGAGUCUGAAGAGGAUGAUAAUGAGAACAAAGAAGAGGUUUUAGAGCCAGCUUCUUCAAAACAAACUAAAAAGAAGGUCCUAAAGGAGAAAAAGCCAAAACAGACAGAGCAAGAUAAAUGUGAAUCUAAGGCCAAAGGGAAGACUGGAAAAACUCCAAAAAAGGAUCCGACGCUAGUGUUUCAGGCUGGGGCUGAGAAAAAAGCCAAAGGCAGUAAAAAAGGAGGCCAUUCAAUACGGGAUGAGAAUGAAGAUUCAGAGCCCAAUCUAAAACCCACCAAAGCGAAGAAGACAAAGAUGAAGAACACGGCUGACAUGUUCCAGGCUGGUUCAGCCAAAAAGGACAGCAAGAGCAAAAAGAAAGGAUCCAACGAUGAGGAUGAGUCGAGCACACAAAGGAACAGCAACAAAAAGGGCAAAGCUUCAAAGAAAAGGUCGAACAAUGACAGUGUCAUAUCUCGGGCAGAGUCACCCAUCGUAGAGAUUAAUGACCUGGAGAAGUUUGUCUUGACACCUGCAGCGCAAGGCGUGACAAUAAAAUGCAGAGUCACAAGAGACAAGAAAGGCAUGGACCGAGGCCUUUAUCCAACCUAUUACCUACACCUGGACACAGAUGAGAGUAAAAAGGUUUUCUUGUUGGCUGGGAGGAAACGGAAAAGGAGCAAGACAUCCAACUACCUCAUUUCAAUUGAUCCAACAGACCUGUCCCGAGGGGGAGAAAACUUCAUUGGAAAGCUCAGGUCUAACCUGAUGGGGACUAAGUUUACAGUAUAUGAUAAUGGAGUCAACCCUGAGAGAGGAAAGCACGGUCAUUCAAACAUACGUCAGGAACUUGCUGCCAUCACUUACGAAACGAACGUCCUUGGAUUCAAAGGUCCCAGGAAGAUGACAGUGAUUAUCCCAGCAAUGGAUGAAGACCAGGAACGCAUUCCCUUCCAACCACGCAAUGACAAAGACAGUCUGCUCUCAAGAUACCAACGUAAAAACAUGGAGAACCUAAUUGAGCUGCACAAUAAGGCCCCAGUGUGGAAUGAUGACACUCAGUCGUACGUGUUGAACUUCCACGGGAGAGUGACACAUGCUUCAGUGAAGAAUUUCCAAAUAGUCCAUGAGAAUGCUGUUGACUACAUUGUGAUGCAGUUUGGGCGUGUGGCAGAUGAUGCAUUCACUAUGGAUUACAGCUACCCGAUGUGCGCCGUGCAGGCAUUCGCUAUUGCCCUCUCCAGCUUUGACGGGAAACUGGCGUGUGAAUGAUUGGCGUGGCUGACCACAAGUCCCCCAAACCCCCCUCCCUCCCCACAGCAUCAUGUGUACUGAAGUGCGCUUUACUUAAGACUAGUCUUAGAAUAAAGAGGCAAUAUAGAUGGCAAACACAUCUGCAUCAUCUUCUCAGGGUCAACCAGGGCAAUUGGAAAGGGUGCAAAAAAACAACGAAUUACUAGUUUGUGUAAUCAAACUAGAGAGCAAAUGUCCAAAAUGGAUGAAAAAGGCUUUCAAAAUGAAGAAGCCACUUUCUAGGGGUUUUUAUUUGUAGUUUGUUUCUUGGCUAGUGUUGGAGGUGAUGUUUUUAGUCAUUUUUUUUUAAUGCCUACUCCCAACUUUCCUCUCAGUUCAGUAGCGGAAUGAAAUAGGAAUAGUUGUCAAUGUUGAGGCUUUGUGCAGUGGAAACCAUUUCCUGAUUAAUUAAAGUGGGAAUAUGAUCAGGAAGGAGUGUCCAACUUUGUUAUGUGCUCUCUGACUGAGCUGUCCAUUGUAAAGAGUCCAUUCAUUUGCUAUUAAAAAUAGCACACCACUCUAUUGUGCAGAAGUGCAUCAGUAAGUGCACCACCCGCUACUGUCGCCGCAUGUUCUGGUGUGGUUGGUGGCUCCUUGAGAACUGAAGACACCACGUUACAGACCACCUCCUGCCCCUUUAAAUAAAAGGAACCCCUUGGGCUCUGUAUCUUCCCAUCAGCGAAAUUGGAACAAAUCCCGGGACAGGGAGAAUCAAAACCACAGGCUUCACAAAGCAAGACAUUGAUUUAACAUCAGUGCUUCCUCCAGGCAGAAACCGAGGGAGCAAUCUGAUUAGAAAAAGCACCACUUUCACAGUGAGGGGCCCACAGACAGAGAAAAUUCUCAAGUAAAAGUCAUUAAAGUGGUAGUAAUUAUCGAGGAAAAUGGCAGAUAGUGGAAAAUCUGAGAUAACUGCAGAAAAUACUGGGGAAAAAAUACCAGUCUGUAUCUGAGGAAACAAUAAGUUGUAAUGAUUGGAUGUAUAUCAGUGUAACUGGUUGGAUUGUGCCAGAAAAGUGGACAGUGAUACAUACCUACAGCUCUGGAAGGUGGGAUUUAACGCUUCCUUUUUCAUUGAGAUGAUCAGAGGAACCCCAGUCCCAUAUACAACCUAAGUGCUGAUCAUUGAUAUUUUCUACUUUGUAUAUUGUUAGUUAAACACCAGAGGGUGCCCUCACACAUGAUAGCACCCCAGGAUUUCCUUGUGUGAAUGGAUACAUUUCAGCACAUGAAAUAAAAACACCAAAUUAUUACCA